CCGCCGUGACCACUAUGUAUUCCCACCUACUGCCCAAUAAAGCUGAGAAAUAAAUGUUCAAAGAUUAAUUCAACAUGACAGAAAAUAAUUUCUAAGGUCAUUGAAGUGUCUCUCUAUUGAGUUGUUAUCAGCAGAAUUUAGAUUAAAACGUUUUAUUGUUCAGUGAGGAAAAUCUGAUUGGCAGACAGAGUUAACAAUUUAAAAAACACACACAAAAAAAAAACAAAUAAUCAAAAGCCUAGUCUUAACUAAAUAUAGCAAUAAUAAAAACUUUUACAGAUUAACUACAUAUAUACACUUCCAGGACAAAGACCAGUUGAUAAGACCAAAUCAGAUGCUGUACAGCAAACUACAGCCCUGAUCAAGGUUGUGAGGUAACUCUAACUGGCAUUAUGCCCUCAAGCUGCUCCAGAACUUGAUUUGGCUCUAAAAAGUCAGAUACUAUGGUGCAAAGUCGAAUAAUAGGACACUGUUUACAGCACACUGUGCAUGGAUUAAUGGACACAGGACUGACAGGGUAAAACAAACAUAACAGAAUAAAAAGUUCCAUGAGAAACUUGUCUUUGAUUUUGUAAUAAUUUCUCAGGAAGUUUCCUGGAAAUGACAAUGUAUGUUGAUACUAAUUAUACAGAAAACAGAGACUGUGAUUAAUUAGUAUACUUACCAUUAAUUAAAAUUCAUUGCUAGUGCAGAGAGUCUUUUAGUCAGUGCACAGCAGGUCAGCUGAACAUGCAAAAAUAUGAUAUUUGUCUACAGAUAUGCAUUCGGUUCAACAUAUAUGAAAAAUAAAGUUUCAGUAAAAUUGAAUAUAAAUGGAGCUGUUCUUUCAAGAAAAGUCAUGUUUUCCCUAUAAUUAGUACCAAAUUACAUAGAUCUUUUUAUAAAACAUCCAAGGAAAUGAUCAGGAAAUUACUGACCUAUAAAAUAAAGUACCCAAACAUAUUUUGCUCUUGAUCCACCGCAAUAGCAAAUGGAAACACGUGUUUAGCUUCUCAUAUCAGUCCAGUUCAGUGUCUAAAUCCUCAUACAACUGAAAAAAACCCAACAAGAUGCCAGCUCCACUGGUAAACAGUCCGUGGAAAGCCCUCUGUGAGUCCUAUGACUCAGGUCAAAGCUGUGGACGGUAUGAAUGAAAGAGAAGAGGUGAAACGAGGAUGAAUAUCAGCACAGUGACUUGACCUGGUGUGGGCAUAGUAGGCCACCCCAGAACAGGACAGAAAUAGCCGCCAUGCUACAAGUCCUGAAUAAGUGCUGAAGGGUGAAAGGGUCAGCUGUCAGUACAGCAGGAAUGGGACAGAGAGAGGGAGCGACUGAGAGUGGCAGAGGCUCCAUUACCAGACACAAACAAACAGGAACUCAGAGUCUGAACACUUUCACAAAGAUUGAAAGAAAAUAAGAAGACAGGCAGGUCAGCAGGAACUGGGAGCCGUUCGUUUUCUAUGAAAAGAGGAGGUCAGCUGCAAAUUUCCGAGACAGCUCCUUCAUCCAAACCAAGGAGAAACUGUGUGUCUCAGUCAAAGCUAUGUCUGCUCUCUAUCUGUCAAAGGUGGCACCUCAGGAAUCAACACACAGCCUUUUAAAACCGGCACAAGAUCAGUCAUCUGAAUCUGGAAAAAGAGUAAAACUAACCAAGAUGGCCGAAAACUCCCAACAAAGGAGAGAUGAACUCCCACCUCCUUCAGUCAGACAUCAGUUGGGACCAGAAGAUAUCGCUGGGGCACAUUUCCAACAGUCCAUGCCAUCCCAACUCUCCAAAGAAAAGUUAUACCAACAACGACAGAAAUGUGAGCUGAGAAGGCUCCUGAAGCACACUCACCCAGAGCUGAAGAUGUUGGAUGAAGUUGUGGAUGAAGAGCUUGCUGAAGUUUUGAGAUCAGAGACUGGGGUGACAGCUGGUGAAACUGGAUACGAGGGAGAGGUCCUCUCAAGACGCUUGAUAUUUGAGAACUGUGCCCUGAGUGACAAAGUAUCUCUUUACACCCCCAAGAUGCGCAGGGCAGAGGGAACAGUGGAAAGAGGCGAUGUCAGUAAAACAUCAGCUGUGUUUGAGGAGCAUGAAGUGAGGCCAUAUAAUGAAAGUGUUAAAGGGAUCAUGGAGGAUGACAAAACGCUUGGUUCUAGUCCAGAUCCCAACAUAGAGUGUGAGGAGGAGAUGAUAAGAAUAGAUGUUCAGGCUACCAGAAGGAUAUUUGAGAGUCAGUCUGUGAACACAUCCAGAAUAAAUCCAGAUAAUAAGUUCCAUGGGAAAGUUUCUAUUUCUGGGGAUGAGACAGGUCAGCCCCAUAAACAAGGGCCAUGUGUUCAUAUCAUUGGUCAAAGCACUGACCAUGAGUUUUCUGGUAGGGAAGAAGUUUCUACUGGUGACACAGUCUUUGAGGAUGAGUCUGCAAGCCUUCUUGACCAAGAAAAAUCUGUGGAAAUAAUCAAAACGAGUGCUGCUCUUUUCCAAAACAACCCAUUUAUCCCAACAAACAUAGAAAGCGAGCAUUCUUUUGUGCAUACAUCAAAAUCUCAAAGCCCAGCCAAAGAUGAUGGGACAGCUCAGGACAAUAUGAUAGCUAAUGUCAAGAACAGAGCCCAUAUGUUUGAAUCAAUGCCAUUUGACAAAAUUAGGCAUCAGAACAAGGACGAAAUUGAAACAAUGGUGGAGAACAUCAAGGAAACACUGAAUUCCCUUUAUCACGUGAAUGCCUUACAUUCAGAUGGCUCAAUCAUUGAGGUGAAUGAGACAAUGAUAGCUAAAAAGGCCAAAUUCACACUAUUAGAGGGUGGGCCUAAGAUAAAAUACGAUGAGGUGGCUGAAGGUGGUGCACAAAACUUCAUACUCCAGUUGCUACCACGGGCAAAACUAAAGCGUCAGAUCACUUACCUAAAGGAGGAUAGUAAAGGAAGUAUGGGGGCCACAGUGAUAAAUGUACCCGUGCAACAGCAUCAGUUCGCUACCAUCCAAGACACAGAGUUUAAAACUGCCAAUGUGGUUCAACUUGUUGAGGAUAUUCUCAAUCAAGACAACUCUCUGAGGAAAGGAGUGAUAAUCCAGGAGGAUGUGGACAGGUGUGCUGAAGUCAUUGUUUACUCCCUCUACAAUUAUUUUGGUGAGGAAGAUGUGAAAAGUUAUUGUCCUCCACAAGGUGCAGAGUAUGAUGAACCAGAGCCAGAAAGAAGUGAUGUGAAUAAAAUAGACAAUCAAGAACUAAGAAAAGGCAUUAUUGAAUCAACCAUAAGCUGCCUUCUAGAAACUUCUAAAGACCAAAUCUGCCAAGGAUUAAUAAGGCCUGAAAUCACAGUAAAAGGAAAUGUAAAACUGUUCAAGGGUUGUAUUGAAAAGGGAGAUUUGGAGCAUUUGAAAACUCUUCAGGCUGAGCCAACAGAGCAAGAACAAGAACUCCCUCCUAACCAAAAUGUUGCUGGACAAGGCAUGGAUCAUGAACAGAGAGGCGAUCAGGCAGAGGAAAGUGCUUCAGAAUGGGUCCCAGUGGAUAUAAAGAGACUGAAAAACAUGUUCUCUGGAGAUCAAAGACCAGCUCAACCAAAGCAAAAUGCAUGGGAAAAUCUUGCCCAAUCUACCACCAUUUCUUGUGCAUUCACAGGUCAAAAUGUGUCACUCGGAAAGAACCUGUCCUCUACAGAAUGCAAGGUUGGGGUAUUCUCCCAUGGGCAAGUAAAGAAUACCUUUAGGGAGUGCGGUGCCCAAACACAAGAAGAAGCAUGUAACUCAACAGUUGCACCACAGGGAUCAUACCUACAUCUUCAGACACAGGACAAUGGCAGGGUCCACCAGGCUGAAUUAGGCGAGGUGGUAGAUGACAAUGACGAGAUCUCUGACCUUCAAACUGCAAUACAUAGCCUCCAACAGGCCACAGUCGAGGCCAAAUCUUUGCAUCACUCAUCACAAGAAAAACAGAAAUUCCUUGUUCAAGAAUAUUUUAAGGAACCUUUCUCAGUUACAGCAGGUAAUGUCAAACACUCAAGAACAAAAGCAGAAUUAUCUCAGGAAAAUGAAGACCCAAAAGAGCACCCAUGCACUGAGCCAAGGUGGGGUGAACUUCCAUCAGCCUCUAAUGUCACCUCAGAACAUAAAUCGGACAGCCAACACAAGAAAACAGAGACAUGCCAUAAAGACACAAAUUCUGAAGACGUACAAACUACUGAGACAUGCAGCAAAAUGGGUCAAAAAGGCACAGAAGUGGUCCAGAAACAGCACUUUCGAGCUUCUAUGGUGUCUGUACAUAGUCCAGAAACAACAGCUGCACAACAAGAAGAUGAAGAAGUUGAUUUUGGGGGUAAACUUAAAGCAGCUUUGGAUUCCUUGGAGAGAUCCAACAUUAAUGUCAGUAGAGGAGAUUUCAGAGCAGCUAUGAUAUACAGAAACCUGUCCAAACCUCACAAGCAAAGAUCCCAAAAUGUGGUUGCAAUGUCUAAGGAGGAGGUUUGCCCCGUGACUGAACCUAAAUCAACUCAAGCACCACUGAGACAAGAGGUGUCCAAGGAACAAGUGACUGCAGUAAAUGCAAGCCCACCAAGCCAAAGUGAAACUCUAAAUAAAGCAGCUACAAGUGCUGUGUCAGAGAAAAGCACAAGGCCUGUUGGCCCAAAACCAGCCAUCUGGCCUAAACCUGAGCAUUUGAAAGUGAAACAAAGAGACAUUCAAUCAAUCAACACAAAGAAUCCUGAAGCAACCCAAACUAAUACUGUGAGACCUGAAGUAGCAGUUCCUCAACCAUUGUCAAUUACAUCAAUGUCACAUAAGGAUGAACAUAAGCAAGAUCUGUUCAAAAUGAACAGUGGUGCAAACUCAGGACCAGAUUUAGUGGGUCAUCAAAGAAAUGAGCUUUUUGAUGAAGCUAUACAGAUGUCUCAGAAAACUGAAGUAAGGCAUCAAGUCCAAGGUUCAGUCGUCACCUUGGAAAGUGAUAACACAGAUAAGAAUAUCAAUAAUCGACCACAGGAGAUAAAUUCCACAGCAGAAGAGAAAAUCCCCCAGGAUUUCCCUAUCAAAGAGAAUGUGAAUGAAACAGAAAGCCAUGUAGAUUUUCAUGAAGCAUGUAAGAAAUUUGGAGGUAAAAAAGCAUUUUCUGUGAUGAAUGCUCCUGUAAAGCCAAAAAGAGUUAAAAUUGCCCAGCCUGACAACAAAAAUCCAAAAAACAUAUCUGGAGAUAAUAAUUCCUCAAUUCUCGCACAUGUGGUUGAGAAGCCACAACAAACUCCAAGUGGUCCAUCAUGCAACAAACCAAACACCUGUGGACAAACUGCUGACAGCAAAGACAAGCACGACAAAGAAAUUAAACAAAAAAGCAAAGUUGAGAUGAGGGAAAAGAAAGGACGAACCGAGACAGAGGAUGAACGCAGACAGCGGCUGUCAGUUCACAUGGAUGAGAUCAUGAGAGGGAACAUAACAGCAGCCAUGGACAUUUUUGACAAUUUGCGAAAGCAGGAGGAACUGCAGAGCAUUCUCAGUCGAGUUGAAGAAAUUGAACAGGACACAAGCAAGGUUGAUGUAAGGUCUCUGAGAGGAGUGUUUGAGAACGUCCCUGACUGGGUUGUCAACUCUGACAAAAAGAAACAAAAAAAGGUCAAAGUAGAAAACAAAGAAGAGAGGAUGCCAUUAACGAGAGACAACACUGAACACAAGUCCUCAAUGGCCCAUGUUUUUGGAGAUCUUGAGCGAGCCAGUGAGGAAAUCAUGAAUCUAAAAGAACAGACUUUAGCCAGACUUAUGGACAUAGAGGAAGCCAUAAAAAAGGCUCUUUAUUCUGUCUCUACUUUAAAAUCGGACUCAGAUAUUGCUGGUUUAUCAUGCUUGUUCAAAGAGUCAUUAGGGACAGUGCAAGGAUCCCCAUCCUCUGGUAAUAUUAGAAAGAUUUGCAUCGGGUCAAGCAGAAUGAAAUCACUGCCAACACAGGAAUGUCCUACAGCACAGGUAAACGCAGUUCUGCCAGUUAGCCAGGGUGCAAGCAUUGAAGUAGCCACUGCAAAACAACGAGCAAGUCCUCCGUCUUCACCUGCCUUCAUCUCCAUCCAGUCAGCUGCUAGAAAGGCAGAGGUGCUUCCACCAGAGACCACAAUCUUCCUGACAUGUCAGCACAGCCCAAAGACAGAGGAGAAAUUCCGGACAACAAAAACCCUAACAUGCAACAGUCCUGCUCAAAAUAGAAAAAGCGACCCCAGAGAAGGAGGUAAACAAAACCCCUCUUACAACCCAGUUAACCCUAAACGAGAGCUCAGUGUACUCGAUGUGCAGACUGAUACCUUUGGAAACCAGUUUUACUCUUCCAUAACCUCCACUGUCGUCACUACUCAUCCAGUAACUACAACAUCCACAGGUCAGGCAGUGGUCAGUCCGGCAACGUAUCAGGUCACCAAGUACCCAGAAGUUCAGCUGCCGAUCAAUCAGAAACCUUAAAUCACUCACAGACAGUUUCAACCAGCUUGUCGAGAGAUGUGUUCAGCCUGUUUGAAGCCGGUUUAUCCGAUGGAAAAAAUUACUGCAGACAAAUAUAUGUUUCACAAAACUUGCUUCUGUUGUAAACAGUGCAAGAAAAAAUUAAG